AUGGAAAACAAUACCAAUGUGUCUUUAGUUGAAGAUACUCAUCACAAGUCACCGUCCAUUCAACAGACGACUAGAACGUCUCACACCACCUCUGAACUUGUGCAUACACAAGCGGUGAAUCUUUCCAUGCCUUCCGGCGGGCCGACUCAUCCCCUUGGUUCCCUUAUACACCCAACCCCUACUUCAACACCACCCCCUCUACCUUCUAUACAACAAUUACAACAAGUCAAUAUUCAACAACCAAUAACGUUUGUAUUUGAAAGGUUUUGUUCUGGUGUUUCUACUCCUCUUUCCAUGCACACACCGAUUCCAUCACCUAAAUCGGUUGGUCGGUUAGACGAUGACGCGACAGUUGAUGCUAUGGAUACCAGACCGCCACGAAACCGCCUAACAAUAAAUACAACUCAAGGUAAUGACACUGUUAAAAAGAAUCGGAAGAAACGAAAGCACCAAUCUUAUAGGUCUCCUAUGGAUUCUCCAAUUUCGUUGAACCGGGACGAUGAUUCAAAGUCAGAUUCAGAUUAUGGAGAUAACUUGUUGAACGAGUACGGUACCAGAAGUGAGGCAUGUUCGGAUUACGAUAUAGAAGAAUCAUCAAUGAUAUCGCCCGUAGAUGGGCUAAAGAGAUUAUUGAUGCAAUUUACAGCGAUGUCCCCAAUACGACUUGAAUCUAUAUUACCAGUUCUUUUGGAUAAUGAUAUAGACGACCCAGAAAUCCUUCUAUUUAUUCAAAGCGAACAAUUUCUCCGCGAUCUUCGCGUUAAAGCACCUAAACUCAGCAUGUCCACAAUAGAAGAAGUUCACAUCCGAGUUGAUUGCGUAUUAUCGGUAGUGGGUUCAGAAAAUGAACGUCGAAAACAAAUAGCACAUUCCCGUAACCCGGCUGUCAAACCGACAGUUAAAUUUGAGGAUUUUGUGGCCGAACUUAAACAGGCACACAAAAUCCCGGUAGCUUUUGGUACAUUGCGUGACAUGCGAUUCGCAUAUAUGCUUAAAAAAUUAGAUAGGCAUUUAUAUGCCGAAACGUUAGCAAAUAAUCGAAGUAAUGUUACGGAAUUUUAUAGAAGUUGUCAGGAAGUGUGCGAGGAGAAAUUUAAAGAUGAAGAAUUAGAAGCGGCUUUACCAUGGUUGGACCUCAAAGCAAAACUGCAAUAA